CCAUUUUCCGCCUCAGACGGGAAGUAGGCAACCAUGGCACCCAGCCGGAAUGGCAUGCUUUUGAACCCACACUUCCACAAAGACUGGCAGACGAGGGUGCGCACCUGGUUCAACCAGCCCGCAAGGAAGACUCGCAGGCGAAAGGCCCGUCAGAUCAAGGCUCGUCGUAUUGCGCCACGUCCUGUGGCCGGACCCCUCAGGCCUCAAGUCAGGUGUCCCACCAUCAGGUAUCACACCAAGGUGCGUGCCGGACGUGGCUUCACCCUGGAGGAGCUCAAGGCCGCCGGUAUCCACAAGAAGACAGCCCGCACCAUUGGCAUCUCAGUUGACACCCGCCGUCGCAACAGGUCAUCGGAGUCCCUGCAGGCCAAUGUACAGCGCCUGAAAGAGUAUCGCUCCAAGCUCAUCCUCUUCCCCAGGAAGGCCUCCGCACCCAAGAAGGGAGACAGCACUGAGGAGGAACUCAAGAUGGCCACGCAGCUCUCUGGCGCUGUCAUGCCCAUCAAGAAUGUGCACAAGAAGGAGAAGGCCAGGGUGAUUUCUGAGGAUGAAAAGAACUUCAAGGCUUUCGCCAGCCUGCGUAUGGCCCGUGCCAAUGCUCGUCUCUUCGGCAUCCGUGCCAAGAGGGCGAAGGAGGCGGAAGCUGAGAGUAUUGACAAGAAGAAAUAACCGUUCCUUUCUAUGGAACUUUCAAAAAUAAAAACGUGUACAACUUCACUGGUCAUUUUUCAAUAUGAAGGGUCAUGUUUGUUACUGUCUUGUAAUGUUAAUUUUUUAUUGCAGUUGUGGAGACAUUUCUGUUCAAUGGUGUUAAACACUCAACUUUGGUACGUUUGAAAAAUAUAUUUUCAUGCUUUAGUAUUUCAAUUCACAUUUGAUGGAUUAUAGAAAUACAGGCAUCAAUGCUAAUGUUAAAUAGUGUUUACUGUGUUGCCCAAGAGACCAAUGGAUGGAAUUUCUUGCCCAGUCACUACCAGCAAGUGGCAGCUGUAUUACAUUGACAAUUCCUCACUCUGGCAUUUUCAAAUUGUAUGUGGAAACCAGUCUCCUGAAUGUGAAGUACACACUAUGGAAGUGACAUUUUCAAGGAAGUGGUCUUAACAUUUGUAGGCUUUUUGAAUCGUCUUCAGCGUGUCAAAUGUAGCACAAUGGUCCUCGAGCCAAAAAAAUUCGUAAGGCACCUGGCAGAAGUAAAUUCAUCCGUAAACUAUAAUUUAUCUUACAAUGUACUGCUCUUCAUUAAUGUCAUAACCCCAUUCAAAAGGUUAGGGGAUGCAAAGCAGAAGUGUUUGCUUUCAAGGGGUUUUUGUUUAGCAUACUUUGAAUUCCUAAAUAUUAAAUGGCUUCUUUC